UCCUGUGGGACAGCGGGUGCGUUCAGGGAGAAGCAAAUAUUUAUGCCCCCAGAAAGAACGCCCUGCCUUGCAAAACGCUAGGUAAAGAGACAGCGAGGUGACCGACUGCUUGCUGCCCUCUCCGUAGCGCCUGUGUGCUCGUGGCAAAGGGAGUAAAGGUCGGGCCUCCGUGCAAGGCAGUGUGUGCGCUUUUGACGCGUGGUCGUGCUUUACUUGGCUGACAAAGGUCAAGGAGCAAGUCGCCCAGUAAUUGGAGAAAAUUCUGCUGCAUACAAGGAUUGGACUCACCAACAAAUCAUACUUCUGGAGACCUUAUUUGCUUCAAAGGGAUAGAGAAGCUGAGCCAAAGGCAGCUUCAGCCGUGCAGACUUCACUGGGAAGAACCACUUUGACCUAAAAGUAUUGAGGUGACCCAGCCAGUUAUGUCUGAGACUGAAAACCCAGAAAAUCAGUCCCCUGACCUCCUGCCAGAUCCACGUUGGAAGCUCCUUGUCUUCUACCUUUGCUUCUAUGGCUUCAUGACCCAGAUCAGACCUGGUGAGAGCUUCAUCACUCCUUACCUGUUGGGAACAGAGAAGAAUUUCACCAAAGAAGAGGUAACCAAUGAGAUUACACCUGUGCUGUCCUACUCGUACAUGGCUGUGCUGGUGCCCAUCUUCCUGCUGACAGACUACCUGAGGUACAAGCCAGUGCUAGUGCUGCAGAGCCUGAGCCACAUCUCCAUCUGGCUACUGCUGAUCUUUGGCACCAGCAUCCUCGCCAUGCAGUUCAUGGAGUUCUUCUACGGCAUCACUAUGGCUGCACGUGUUGCGUACUCUUCCUACAUCUUCUCCCUGGUCACCCCUUCACAUUAUCAGCGUAUGGCCAGCUAUUCUCGCUUCUCUGUGCUCAUGGGCGUCUUCACCAGCUCUGUGUUGGGGCAGCUCUGUGUCACAUUUGGAGGCACCACUUUCAUGACCCUGAAUUAUCUCUCUCUUGGGUUUAUGUGCUUUGGAUUGAUCCUGACUCUCUUCCUGGAACGUCCCAAACGCAGCCUCUUCUUCAACAGGAGAGAACCUGUGUGCAACGGCACCACACCCAGUGAGCUGGACAAAAUGAAUGCUGGGAAGCCACCAUGGUACAAAGCACCUAGCUGGCAGAAACUAGUCUUCAUUCGGAUGCUGAAGGAGCUGGGAACCAUUGUACGAUUGCCUCAGCUGAGACUUUGGUCCCUCUGGUGGAUAUUUAACUCUGCUGGCUACUACCUGAUACUGUAUUAUGUCCAGAUUUUAUGGAAUGAAAUUUAUCCCACCAGGGAUAACAGGAAGGUCUACAAUGGAGGUGUAGAAGCUGCUUCUACACUCCUCGGUGCUAUCACCUCUUUCGCUGCUGGCUAUGUGAAAAUCCGCUGGACACUCUGGUCGGAGCUAGUGAUUUGCCUUGUGACAGCAUUCCAGGCAGGCCUGCUUUUGCUGAUGAACACAACAGCCAACAUCUGGCUCUGCUAUGUGGCCUAUAUCUUUUUCAGGGGCUCAUAUCAGUUUCUUGUGCCUAUAGCCAUUUUCCAGAUUGCAGCUUCGCUGUCCAAAGAACUUUGCGCCCUGGUAUUUGGCAUCAACACCUUCCUUGCCACAGUUCUCAAGACUAUCAUUACCAUUAUCAUAACAGAUAAAAGAGGCCUGGCUCUCUCAGUCCAUCCUCAGUUCUACGUUUAUUUUGGGUACUUCACACUCUUGGCUGUGGUGUAUCUUGCAGCAUCUGUGUGUGUGGCUGUGAGACACAACUCAUGCAGGAAACCUCAGGAGGCAGCAACAGCCAAGGAACUCUGCAGCCCAGUUAACGAAGUCCCAAGCGAAGAAAAAAACACAGAGCUGGCUACCUCUGAAGCCUGAGAACUACAGUAAGUGGGGGAGAGAGCUUUGCCUGCCCGCUCCCACUUGGUAUGUAUCCAGUGAAAGGCUCCUGUGACUCCAGAGUCAAUCCAGCAUCAAUUUUGGAUUAUCCAAUCGCCACAGGGGCCAAGCUUUGACAUGGGACUUGGUGUAUGGAACUGACAGACUAUGAAUUCCCCAUUCUCUUUGGAUUUCAUUUCACUUAUGCACUCAUUGUCACCAGAGGCAAGCUGUAAGGAAGGAAGGCAGCAUUUGCCAGUACUUAUAGCUGGCCACAGGACAACUGUGUAAGAAUGUAAUUUUAAAUGCAGAUGUUUCCCAACCUGGCCUAUGGAUAAGUCAAGAGAGAAAAUGGAUACAGGUACUUUUUUAAAAAGAAAAGAAAGCAAUUAAACUUUUUAUAAAUUUUA